AUGUCAUCUUAUCAUCCAUUUGCAGCUCGACCUUCACUCACUAAACGACAUACCUCACCUUCACCUGCUGUUCUACUUUCUUUACCAACCCUCGAAGCAUUACCUCCCACACCUAGAUCAGCAAGAUCGUAUGACCCACUUACCACCGACUUCCCGCCUGCCCCUUCGACCUCGGCUUCUGUCUCUACAUCACAUCGAUCACACAAAUCGACAAGUGGUAAAAUGCCUUUAAUAAAAUCUCGUUCGAAGAGACCUACUUCCCCAAGAAGUGAGAACUACUCGUUCUUACCUUCUAUUGUGUCAGCUUUGGAUCCUAGAAGCUUGAGCUCGAGCUCAAACUCAAACGGCGACAAUGGUAAACAUAGUAGAAACAAAUCACGUUCAAAUCCACCUGCUCCUUCACCUCUUUUCCUCUCAACGAACAAUUUCGAUUUCGGUAUUCCUCAGAAGUUCUCAUCUUCCACCCCACCAUCUACAUUCUCAAAAGGAGCUUCUUCGUUAAAUGCUUUGCCAAGUAUCCAAGGUGUCUUUGAGUCUUAUGAAGAUGGGCGAGGGAUCUCGAAACAGGGGAAAGGGAAGAUGAGGAGGGAUAAGAGAGAUACUCUGAAAUUACCAAUGAUGAACCUGUCAAUCAGAAAUCAUCAUCCUUUCAAUGAGAAUGAGUACGAGAAAGAAGAUAAUUGGCAAUGGAACGGAUUCAAUCAGCCUGCCGAAGUGGUGAUCACUAGAGAGCCGGAACAAUCCUCAGUUGUUCAUGAUCAAUCUUUCCCACGUAGAAGGAAUACAUCCUUAUCGAUCAAUACCCAUCUUGCUCGACCUCCUAAUUCUAAAAAACAUUCCUCUUCUUCUCAGUCCCAUAACACUUCAUCGCAUUCACACUCCCAUCAUUCUUUACCUGCUCAAUCACGUUCAUCCGUACGAUCAUCGCCAGUAGCCGAUGAGCAAACAACCCAAUCGCACUGGUAUGGACCUGAAGAUGAAGAUCUAGAUGAUGUCGAAUUGCAGGCAUUGGACGUGUUGGAAAAUCUAAGUGGUCAUCUUUUACGUGACGGUUUUGGGUAUGGUACCGGUUGUCCAAAUACCAAUAGACCAGAAGGAGAGGGUGUACCAUCAUUGAUUAGAUCUGGGCGUUCAACACCUUCGAAAACCCGUUCUCGAUCUACUACAUAUUCGACUCAGACGACUUCUGAUAUUUUCGAUAAUACGAAGAGAUAUUCACAGGUAUCGGAUUCACCAUCCAUAAGGGAAUGGAGGGAGAAUCGAAAAAGGACAAAAUCACACGGUCAUGCAUUAGGUAGACCAGUAUCUGAACAACAACACCAGUACACAGAGACACAAACACAAACACAAUCGCAUGUCAGAGGAUCAAUGUCUAUAUCGAGAAGACCACCUCCCCCACCUCCUCCACCUGAAGGGAGUUUGCCUCCUUUACCUAUACAUGCAUCGCAGAUGCAUGCACAAACAAUCAAGAACAAUAAGGGUAUUGUGAGUGAGGGAAAUCAAGUUACCGAUCAGGAUCAGGAUCAGCAUACAGAGGAGAACAAUAAGAAAUCGGUCUUAUCCGGAAAUCGACCACCACCACCGCCUAUACCACCUCGAUCCGCUUCUCGACUGGAUUCACAUGCAACAUCAUCUUUACAUCGCAUGCCAUCUUCUGGUCAACUUCGACCCAGACCACAGACUCCGGUUCAAAGGAAAGGAAAUAAAGAGAAACAAGGCGUCAAAGUACCUCUUGUGCUUUCCACCAACUCAUCACCUGCCAUCACGACUAGAGAAGAAGGUGAUCUAGUGGUUGUCAUUGAUAAGAGACCUCCAACACCUGUCAGAGACAUGUCCUCACCUACUAUACCGGUCCAUCAACGACCUCUACCUCCUAUUCCGACUUUACCUGAUCUCGCAACGCUACCUGGCUCUCCUCAUCCUCACCCGCAGCGAAGUGCGUUUGCCCAACUUGCUCAUCCGAAGCUACCUGUUCGACUCCUUCGACCCAAGAGACCUUCCACUGCCGGUAAUGGUCCUACGGGAUCUUCUCAGCUUCUAUCUCCUGGAUCGACGAAACCCCUCACUCGAUUGGUGCCAAGGGAAGAACCUCGUAGAUUGUCUUCCUCAUCUCGAGUGGAGGGUGCUGAAGGUCGUAAGAACGGUAUGACAGCGUUAUCAUUCUUAGCGUUGGAUGAUGCGGCCAUCCACAAUUUAUCUUCUAGGAAUACCACCGAUGGACGAGGAGAUAGGACGAGUUCUUUCGAUGGUAGUUCUGCUAGUGGGUAUGGGAGGGCCAGGGGGGAAUCACCCACUCAGUGUAUGUUGGAUGCAGGGUAUAUCAUACCUCCCUCUGAGAGAAGUAAGAUCGGUGUGGAUGAUCGUAAAGAAAGUAAAAGAAGGAGGAAAGGGUCUCAAAGCAGUUUGAGCUCUAUAGCUGGAAGUGAGAUUACCAAUAUCAAUCCGGUUGAUAACGAUGUUAAGGAUGAAGUAGAAGAGGGAGAAGAAUGGACAACAGCAUAUGAGUAUGGUCAAUCGAGAAUGAAAGCUACUCAACGAUUAGUGAGAAGGGACAAAGAAUUGAGAUUAUCACUUGACAUUGGAAUUCGACCAUCUGCCGUCACCUCUACGUCUCCUAUAAGGAAUAUCAAACCACCUCCGUUAAAUAUUUUCUCUCUCAACGAUUAUCCCUUGGCUGAUGAAGAAGACGAAGGAGGAUUGAGGUAUCCUAAAUCAGCUGGAUUAUUACCUCCUCCUAGACCUCGACGCAAGACUACUCCCUCUGCACCUCCACAGAUGGUGCAGCCGAAGUCUACUUCACCUACUUCACCUGUCUCGCCGAAGACCAAGGCUGGAACUGGAUUGGAACUCCUAUAUGGCCCAUUAUCACCUAGAUACACACAUCGAUCAUUGAGUGUACAACAACAGCAUCGAACAAAUAAAGUUGACGACGACGAUCAAGAAGGGAUGAAAGAUUUCAUGUAUCUCAACUCUCCUGUAAUACCAAGUCCGAGACUCACCACUCCAGGACAACCUUAUAUGUUCCCUCCUACCACCUCAAAUGAACCUUAUACUCCUACAACCCUCAAUCAAGAGAGGAAAGUAUCUACGUCUACUCAGCAGACUAGUAGGUCCGAUGAGAAUUCGUCUUCAUCCAAUUGGAGUAGCGAUACGUACGAGAGAGAAAGACGGUUGAUAACUAGUUUAUGGUUAUCUUCUAAACCUACUAGAGCCACCAAAGCUCUUGCUCACGGUGAUGGUAAAAUGGUGCAAGCAGGGGCAGGAGAAGGACAACAUCCUUUUUAUAAUUUGGGUAAAUCGAAUAAAUAUGUUGGGUCAAAUGGGAAUGCAAAAAAGGGGAUGGUGGUGGUUGAUGGCGGGUAUGGGAGGGGGAAUGAUUUUGGAAUCAAAAUUUAG